AUGGGCAGCUUGAGAGUUCCUUUGAUUCGCAUGCGAGUGCCAAACCUAUUUCUUCGAGCCUCGUCAAGGCCGAUCAGUACACGCAAUGUAGGCUACGUCAACAGUCGACUAUCAAGUCAUCCUCUGGGAUAUACAAAGCGGUCAUACUCAUCUCAGCCAAAUGAAAACAACCACAAGGUUUCAUUUCAGCCUGGAAACCGACUUGCCGGUCGAAGAUGCAUAAUCACCGGCGGGACAUCCGGCAUCGGCUUCGCCAUUGCCGAACGAUUUCUACAAGAAGGCGCAUCCACCAUAGUCCUCGUCGGCCGAUCUCAAAAACGCUUAGAGGAAGCAGCCGCAAAGCUUGGCUCUCUUGUGGGUAUACCACCAGAAAUUGGUGAAACCAACGAUGUCGUAACUCGCGCCCCGGAAGAAGACAACCAACGAAGUACGCAAGGAAAGAUCCGUCUACUUGUCGGAGAUGUCUCAGAUGCCGGAUCAUGGAUGCGGGAACUGGAAAAGGAGAUGGCAAAUGUAGACAUCCUAGUCAACGCAGCAGGAAUUUCGAUAUCAAACAUCCUGCCAAGAUCCGAGCUGGAAGAUAUCUCGACAAUCCUCCGUACUAAUCUGGAAGGCGCAAUACUUACAUCGCGCGCGUUAAUGCGUGCUUCCAUCCGAAGUCGUGUACGGAAUCGGAGUGAUCCAACUGCGAGGACCAAACCCCCAUCGAAAUGCAUUAUUAACAUAUCCUCUCUACUCGCGCUCAAGGGCGGAACUGGCGCGGUUCCAUACGCUGCUUCCAAGGCUGGCCUUCUUGGUCUAACGCGGUCAUUAGCCGUGGAGGCGUCGGCUUCAAUGAAAGAUAUUAUCAUUCGUUCGAAUGCUAUCGUGCCGGGGUAUAUUGAAACACCCAUGGUUGCAGACUUCACCCCGGGCGAAACGAGCCGGCUGAAGGAUGUCAUUCCUCUUCAUCGAUUUGGAGAUCCACGCGAGAUUGCUGAUGCAGCUGUAUUCUUGGCGCAGAAUGAGUAUGCCAACAAUUGUGUGCUCAAUCUCGAUGGUGGAUUAAGUGCAGUUUAG